GACAUGUUGCUGUGCUUCUUGACCCUUUUUGCUGUUGCGUCAGCGGCCCGUGUGGACCUACAGCCUGGGCGUGCGGACACGACGAGUGUCGUCAAAAAGUUGGGGGAGAAAUGCGACUGUUCGAAGAUGGAGUACUACGAGCAGACCUGCUGCGGCGAGGGCUUGGUUUGCGCCAAGAAGCGCUUUGGGUACAGCACCUGCAAGCUUGCCGUGGGGUCCGAGUGCAGCAAGGACAAGGAAUGUGCAGGCUCAGGCAAGCCUUAUCACAGACAGAUCGCCUGCCGCGCAGCUUCCAACGGCAAGCAAAGGUGUUGCAUCAGGUCCAUAUCUGAGGCCAAGAACGUCCUGACAGAAUUUCGCCUUGGCAGUGCAGCGGCGCCUUUGGAUAACUUUGGCAGGGAUGCUGGUCAGAACCCCUUCGAUGCAAGCUCGUGCUGCUCUGGCUUCAUCGAGUAUGGCAAGGGCCUAGGUGCCAGGUGCAACGAUCCCAACAACCUCGAG